CAUUACGUGACGUCAGGCCGCAACGCCUCGUUUUAACUCUCGUGAGAUUCUUAGUCUAACACAGUUUUCCGCAGUUUCUGAUUUGCGAUAUAAAAUAUUGAGUAACAAAGGCGCGAGUCAAUAAUUCAUACAGCUAAAUUAUUUCAUCUCACUGUCAUGUUCGUAAGGAUCCUUAUGGUUUACAUGUGUAUACAUGGAGUGUCUCCGAAGGUCGAGGAAGUUGAGGGUGUUAUUGGAGCCUCUGUUGUCCUACCAUGUUCUGGACGCGAAGAUCAGCCGUCACUUGAAUCCAUUGAAGUAUACUGGCGACAUAAUAGUAACUUGAAUGUGUAUGACAUUAAUAAAGGUAAAGGAUCAGCAGAGAAACAGCAGCUAGAGUAUAAGAACAGAGUUGAAACUUUUCCUGAAGGUUAUUUGAAAGGAAACUUUUCCCUCCAACUCAACAACCUGCGAGACACUGAUGCAGGAACGUACUCCUGUUAUAUCAAUAAAGAGCAAAGCAUUCAGAAAGUCAAGCUUCAACUCAAAGUAGAUGGAAUUAGACCAAACAAUUCCACUGAUCUAUCAACAGAGAAACCAGACAUGCUUAACAAAGGAGCACAAACAGGACCUGAGAAGAUUGUAACCACCUCUUUGCUUGCUAUUUCUAUUCUACUCUUUGUCUAAGCAAUGUCAAACUGUGUGUAGUAUUCAUACCAUUUCAAGUUCAAUGUGUUCGUAUUAAUAAGACCACAUGUAUUUAUUCAAGUUAAUCUAAAAAAAACUAAUUUGAUUUUGGGUGAACUAUCACUUUAACUUUUGUCCAUGAAAGACCACCCUCAGCAAAUACAAUUAUGCACUUAAAAACAUAUUAGCACUUCUCUUGCGAUGCACUGAUGCUUAUCUAUGUUAUAAUUGGCAACCAAAGGUCAUGCCAUUAAAGGGUUAUGCCAUUUAAAAGCAGCUGCAUACAGAGCAUGAUCAAAAGAUUUGUAAAAUAUUCUUUCACAGAUGAAGAAAACAAAAUGCUACCACUGUAUGUUCUGUAUUUAUAUAUGUCACUACAGAAAGUUGUAAUGUUUACAUGGUGAUUAUGUUGUCUUUUUAUCUAUGCACUUUUUUUUUAAAUGUGCCUUUUCUAUUUUUCUUUUUAGCCUACUCAAGAAUUAACCGACAUAAGUUUUUUAUUUGAAUAAGCAGUAUUUUAUUACAAUUUGCCUGUUACAUUUUAUUAGGUCAUUUCAAGUUUUUAAAAACUGUUAUUAAAGGCCUAAAAUUUUUAAAAGUAAUGCUGUGCGAUAUUGUAUUGUUUUAUAUGUGACAGUUUGUAACCAAAUACAUUAUUUGUAUAUUUAGUUAAUAUGUUUGACUCCUGGAAUAUUUGAAAUUGGUUUAAUCUUCAAAGCGUUUGUUUCAGUUUGUCUGGGGGAUAAAGGUAAAACAAAACAUACACAUUAAAGUGAAAGAGCAUAACUAUA